GGAAAUAUCUCUGUGUGGCUGUCUGACGCAGUUCAGACAUUUUGGGUAGAUCAUUCAACCACACCGGGCCGAAGACUAACAAGAAACUGAACAAAAGCCGUUUUUUUUACAACAACAAAAAACAUCGUUCAAUAUGGGUCCACCAGGAGACAACCCACGUCGCGUGUCCUUUGACAGAACGGAGGAUUUAAGUUGGUUUGUCCAUUUAUCUUGACAUGGCAUGCAAAGGGUUAGUUUUGGUGGUUGUGACGACUGAAGAGAAAACGCAGAUAAAUAGCUAACACCUCCCCAAAAAAUAAGCGUGUGAAAGAUAUUUAUGACUUGCGUUUAUUGGUGUCGGUUAAAUAAAAUCAAGUUGGUUCUCUCGACGGGAAUCCUUAACAUCAUGAUGAUAAUGUAAAAUGACAGGAUACAACAGUUAAAUCUGUUCCGAUAUUAAAUAGCAAACCAGUCGGAAAUGUAAAACGGUUAGAUGUCACUCAGCUGGCUGGCUAACCGCACCACAUACAGGCCUCAAUUACUCCAAGUAACAAACAUAUAUGAUGUAGCUAACUAGUUAACCCACUAACUAGUUAGUGUAUGCAGACUAGAUAGCUCAUGUUAGCUCGUCAGCUAAAAAAAAAUAUUGCCGUCACGAUGAGUAUCGACAAUGGAAGUAAACGAGGCCCCAGGCCAGUUCAAUGGAGGUAAACGAGGCCCCAGGCCAGUUCAAUGGCAGUAAACAAGGCCCCAGGCCAGUUCAAUGGCAGUAAACAAGGCCCCGGGCCAGUUCAAUGGCAGUAAACAAGGCCCCAGGCCAGUUCAAUGGCAGUAAACAAGGCCCCAGGCCAGUUCAAUGGAAGUAAACGAGGCCCCAGGCCAGUUCAAUGGCAGUAAACAAGGCCCCAGGCCAGUUCAAUGGAAGUAAACGAGGCCCCGGCGCAGUUCAAUGGCAGUAAACAAGGCCCCAGGCCAGUUCAAUGGCAGUAAACAAGGCCCCGGGCCAGUUCAAUGGCAGUAAACGAGGCCCCAGGCCAGUUCAAUGGCAGUAAACAAGGCCCCAGGCCAGUUCAAUGGAAGUAAACGAGGCCCCGGCCCAGUUCAAUGGCAGUAAACGAGGCCCCGGGCCAGUUCAAUGGCAGUAAACGAGGCCCCGGGCCAGUUCAAUAGCAUUAAACGAGGCCCCAGGCCAGUUCAAUAGCAGUAAACGAGGCCCCGGGCCAGUUCAAUAGCAGUAAACGAGGCCCCAGGCCAGUUCAAUAACAGUAAACGAGGCCCCGGCCCAGUUCAAUAGCAGUAAACGAGGCCAAGGCCCCUGGAGAUGUCAGGUUAUUUUGUUAAACGUCAAUGUUGUAAACUCAAACCUGGUGUCAACAUCUGGUAUUACUUUCCAUGAUGGUUGUCUGUACCCCCCCAGUCUGCCAGUAUUACGCUCAUAACGCGGUCUGAACACAAACCACGUCAGUCAUGGACAAAGCUUUGAGUUUGACAAGACGACAGUAUGAAUUGUGUCUGCUAGUUUUGAGUAGUAGCCUUGUAUUUCAGUAGUGAGAAGUAGUGUCGGUAUGUUUUUUGUUGUUGAAAUAGCUAUUCUUUCUGUUAGUAGUUUGUUGUCAGUAACAGAAAGGAGAAAGGUGUACCAAAAUACGAUUUGUUCAUGUUAUCAGUAGGCCAAUGACGUGUUGAAUUAAAGUUUAAUUUGGCUUGUAUUUGAAUGUCAUGCUUUUAAUCACAUGGCUUCUUGAAUAACUCAUGAAACAAAUGUAGCGAAAUAUUAAGAACCCCUCCCACCCACAUACAACUUACAUAGUUUGAUAUUUCAUGAAUUCCUCCUUCAGUUGGUGGGCAUUUCAAAAGAGCGAAUUCAGAAUCAUUUGAUUUCUCGGUUCUGAAUGGGGUAGUAGCUACAUCUCAAAAGCUAAAUAGACAACUCGAAAGUAUAGGCAAAAAUAUUCUGUAAAAGAGAAGACCACUAGCAUCAAAAUCUAAUAAUGGGAGACCCAAUCUGGAGAAGAAACCAAACUAGGAAUCGACUCCGUGCUCAGAUUCAGAAGAAAAGGGAAUCUUUGGCUGACCAGUUUGACUUCAAGAUCUACAUAGCCUUUGUUUUCAAAGACAAAAAGAAGAAGUGUGCGCUGUUCGAGGUAGCUGAAGUGGUACCAGUGAUGACCAACAACUAUGAAGACAAUAUCCUGAAAGGUGUGCAGGCUUCCAGCUACUCCCUCCAGAGCUCCAUGGAACUUCUGCAGAAAGAUGUCGUGCAGUUGCACGCCCCACGCUACCAAUCAAUGCGCAGGGAUGUCAUAGGAUGCACCCAGGAGAUGGACUUCAUCCUGUGGCCGCGCAACGACAUAGAGAAGAUAGUCUGUCUCUUGUUCUCCAGAUGGAAGGGGGCCGAGGAAGAACCCUUCAGGCCUGUUCAGGCCAAGUUUGAGUUUCAUCAUGGAGACUACGAGAAGCAGUUGUUGCAUGCUGUCGGCCGGAGGGACAAGGCUGGAAUGGUUAUGAACAACCCAACUCAGUCGGUCUUCCUCUUUCUGGACCGACAGCACUUACAGACUCCUAAAACCAAGGCCACAGUUUUUAAGUUGUGCAGCCUUUGCCUGUACCUGCCCCAGGACCAGCUAACGUGCUGGGGCGUUGGCGACAUGGAAGACCAUCUCCUCCCGUACAUGCCCGACUAGGCCCAGCCGGCCUCCAUGGCUUCCACCCACAACACAAGGAAGAUUAACCCACAAGUCACUGAAGCAAGUUGAUCUCUCUCUCUCAUCCACCACACAUCCUUCCUUUUGAAUAGAAUUGAACAGGUGCUUGGAUCUCCCUUUUUGUUGUUAAACACUUGUUCAUACAUUAAUUUACGUCCUCCUGAAGCACGUUUGUUUUUCCUUACCAAGCUUCCUCCUCCGACCAGUUUCGGCUUGGUUUUCCCUUUUGUCCUCCAUCUUGUUUAUUUUGAACCUACACAAACAUUGAUUUUGAGUGGUUGGUUAUUCCCCCCAUGGAGCUGCACUGUCAACAGACCAGUCCAGUCACUGAAGGAACUCUUUAUGUUGCUACCAAGCAGGAACAAAAGCCACACAGGCUUUCAUGAGGUUCAGUCUCUGCUGGACACAUUGUAACCCAUGUCAAAGAUUGUAAAAGCUUCUGUCAUUUGAAAGAUGUUUUUAAAGAGGAAAAGAUGCCCGGGGGGGGUUCUAGAACGACAUCUAUGAUGUGUUUUUAAAGAGGAAAAGAUGCCCAGAGGGGGUUCUAGAACGACAUCUAUGAUGUGUUUUUAAAGAGGAAAAGAUGCCCAGGGGGGGUUCUAGAACGACAUCUAUGAUGUGUUUUUAAAGAGGAAAAGAUGCCCAGAGGGGGUUCUAGAACGACAUCUAUGAUGUGUUUUUAAAGAGGAAAAGAUGCCCAGGGGGGGUUCUAGAACAACAUCUAUGAUGUGUUUUUAAAGAGGAAAAGAUGCCCAGGGGGGGGUUCUAGAACGACAUCUAUGAUGUGUUUUUAAAGAGGAAAAGAUGCCCAGAGGGGGUUCUAGAACAACAUCUAUGAUGUGUUUUUAAAGAGGAAAAGAUGCCCAGAGGGGGUUCUAGAACAACAUCUAUGAUGUGUGUUUAAAGAGGAAAAGAUGCCCAGAGGGGGUUCUAGAACAACAUCUAUGAUGUGUUUUUAAAGAGGAAAAGAUGCCCAGAGGGGGUUCUAGAACAACAUCUAUGAUGUGUUUUUAAAGAGGAAAAGAUGCCCAG